UGGUACCCGGAAGCGCUACUAACAUUCUAAUUCCUACUGUUGCUACAUACGUGAAAUGCAUUCGGGCAGAGUUAACGGACUUCAUGUAUAAAUAAGAAACAUUAGUUGGUAUUCACGCGUCGAUAUGGUAUUUUCUAACCGUAGUCCCAUGUCAUGCUAUUUUAAAAUGCUUCGUUGAGUUAGCAUAAUGUUAGCUUGCUCGCAGGAAAUAGACGGAGCCGAACCUCGGACACAGCGACAGAAAGAGAGUAUUUAUGGAGACCGAGGCAAUUAUAUGUGUAUUAUAGUAAACAUACAGUGUCCCAUAAACUGUUAGAAUCGAUCAGAUUGAUUGAAAAAUGGUUAAUGUGAUGUUAGCUCGGCUUGCUAUCUAAAAACAGACAGACUCAUCAUCCUCACAUUUGAGUGUUUCUGGAGGAAAAAGCUGUUCAAAAAUGUCUAAAGUCCAGAUGCUGAGAGACUUCGUGAACCAGAGACUGACUGCGGCUGCUGAAGAGAUAUUUGAGUUGUUUGAAAGGACGAUAUCAGAGUACGAGGAGCAGCUCGGUGGAUGGAAACAGAACCAGGGACCAGAACAACUCCUGGACUCAGACGUGUUGUCACCCAGAGCAGACAUCCAGCAGGUGUUGGUGAGAAAUGAGGGAGUUCCCCCUGAGCAGCAGGACUGGAGCCCCAGUCUCGACCAGGUGGAUCCAACAAAGUCCCAAGUCAUUAAAAAGGAAGAGGAGGAGGAACUGUGGAUUAGUCAGGAUGGAGAGCAGCUUCAAGAUCUGAAGGAGGCUUGUAUCAACGAGUCCGCGUUCACUUCUGUCAAUUUGAAGAACGAAGAAGAUGAUGAAGAGAAACCGCAGUCCUCACAGCUUCACCCAAACAAAACCAAAAAGAGCAAAAACAAGACUCUGCAGUCCUCCGAGUCUGAUACUGAUGACAGUAGUUGGGAUUGGGAGGAGAUCAGGAACUCUCAGUCUGAUCAGAACCCUCUCCAAAACAGUGAAGAACCUGUAACUGACACAGAAGGUAAAAAUGGAGAAUUAGUAAAGAGCUCCUCUGAAGUCGCUACAAGUUCAGGUCAGAAGGGACAUCCGCUGAAACACAACAGGAACAGAACAGGACCGAAACCUUUCAGUUGUUCAGUUUGUGGUAAACGAUACCUGCGGAAAAAUUCCUUGGCGACUCACAUGCGACAUCAUUCCGAGGGAACGCGUUUCAGCUGCUCGGUUUGUAAGAAGAUUUUUCCAUGGAAAGGAGAUGUGGAGAGGCACAUGAGGGUCCACACAGGGGAGAGACCCUUUAGGUGCCCCAUCUGUGGCUCCAGGUUCGCCCAAAGCUCGACUUUGACGUUACACUUACGAACUCACACAGGAGAGAAACCUUUCAGCUGCUCAGUUUGUCAAACAAGUUUCAGUCUGAGAAACAACUUGCUCCUCCACAUGAGGAGCCACACAGGAGAGAGGCCGUACAGCUGUUCGUUUUGUGGGAGGACAUUUGCACUACGAGGAAACCUGAAACGACACUUGUUUGUCCACACGGGCGAGAAACAAUUUACUUGUUCAGUUUGCGGUCAAAAAUUUGCACAACGUGGAACUCUGAAGCGACAUAUGACUGUCCACACAGGUGAAAAACCCUUCAGGUGUUCCGUUUGUGGUAAAAGAUUUGCGCAACAAGUUACUCUGACGAGACACAUGACGGUUCACACGGAGAAAACCCUGUAGUUACAUCAUGAAGAUUCUCUCCUCUCCAGUGUCAUAAAGUGUGUUGUAGGGUUGUCGUGGUACCAAAUUUUAAUCUCCGAUAAGAUUCUAGUUAAAAUCAAAUGACAUCAAUAUCUUUUUCAAUACCACUGCAACAAAAAGUCCUAAGCACCCAGUAUUUGGCAAUCUGUUUUUUUUUUUUUUACUACAGAAAAAUUGCAGCGCAAACUCCUGCACACAUUCAUUCAUCGGUCGGGCUCUAGUCUUUUAAGUACCGAGAGCAAAACUACGUCAACACUCUACAGCUACAAUCUUUGACAAAGUGGCAUCCUCCGGUGUUAAAAAAUGAAGCCCAGGCUGAAGUGCAAAUCCUGCAGUUCCACUGGAGGCUGGCUGCAGAAGCACAGGUCACAGUCACAUACACACCCAUUCUGAAAAGCCUGUUUUUACAGCAGACAUGUUUACAGCCUGGUUCAAAAAAACCGAACAGGUGUGAUUAGCUCAGGACUGUUAGUUAUUACCAAGACAUGUUACUGACCCAAGCUCAGCAAGUUAACAAAAUCAGUGAGAUUAUUAAGAGAGGUUGACUGCUGGAUUAAUCAUGUAAAGACUCAUUUAUAUGUAGUUUGGUAGUUUGAUCUAUAAUCAUGCAAUAUGACAAGCUUUUUGGUUCUUUUGUGGGCAAAAUCUCCUUUGCAAAUGUAAAAUAAUAGACUUUCCUAAUCCUUCUAUGCUGUAACAGAGGGGAACACUGCUACACUCAUAGGACAUCUAUGUGUUCGUUGUUAUUUUCAAAUUUAAGAUCUUAGGCCCCGUGUCCACCUAGCGUUUUUUUUUUCCAGAAAAGCGCUGGCUGUUCGGUCGGGAGUGCUCACAUGAAGCGUUUGUGCGAUGAGAAGAAAAGCGCCGCCCGUCCGUCCUGUCUCCAUGGCAACGGCCGCUGUAUGACCGACACUGCUCCGUUACCUUUUACUGCAUGUUUGAUAUUUGAGAUUUUAUUUCCCGAUCAGACACGGAGCGAGGAGGAUGAGAGUGUAAGACACGAACCGUAGGAGACAAAAAAAUACAGGGAAUGUCAAACAUUUAGAAAAGAGGUUUGGUGACGUCAACAGUGCCUUUCUGAAAAGUUGAAAGAUUUUCUACUUCGGCGCUCAGAAGAAAAGACACAGGGCACUGCGCUUUUUGUCCAGGCGGCCGCUUUCUGCUGGCAGCGCUCUCUACUCAUUGAAAACAACUGAAAAAAAGAUGCUGGCGCUGGAAAAAAUGCUAGGUGGACACAGGGCCUUCCAUCAGCGGCACUUAGAGAAACAUUUUAUUUAUUGAACAAGUGACUCAAGCUCGUUUCAGUUUUCACUUCUUUUUCAUUUUAAGUUGUUUGGCUUUGAUCAUUCAAAUUUUCCAUUUAUUACAUUUGUCUAUCCGUCAUCCAUAAUCCAAAAAUGUAAUCAUAACUUUAACAUGAUAAAGAAGGUUGUGUUGGUAGUGACUCUUUAUAUCAGUUUAAAACAUGCAAUAACAUAAUACAUUUUCAAAAUAAAGUUUGCUUCACUGAGA